AUGAAUAGCAUCACGUUUGACAAUGUACUGCAUGCCAAGUCGUACCGACUGAACCUCGAUGACAUCCAAAACCUGGGGUCACUCUACUCUUCCGAGAAUAACAAGAAAAUCGCCAAAUACAAUGAGGAGAUCGACCUGCUCAAGGAACAACUCAACUACCUGAAUGAGAAAAUGGGAAAAUGUGGACACGUGCACAAGGUUAUGGAGCCUGCGAAGCCCUCAGAGUUAACCUUCUGGUGUUACGAAUUGAAAGAAAUGAAAGAAUUUCAAGACCUGGUGAUGUACGAAAUAAAGAAGAAAAAAAAGCACUUCAAAAUCCUGAGCCAGAGCUGCGUCAAAUAUCUGAGCAACCGUGAAAAAAUAAAACAGAAGAAACAAGAAGAAGAGGAGAAACGACUGAAGACUCACUCCAAACAUAUCUCAUCCUACAUGGAUAUGUUUUGGAAAAAAAUCGAGAAAUUAGUUUGGGAAGAGAAGAAGAGGGAAUUGCAGAAGACGCUAAAUAAAAAAAAAGAAAUGAGAUUUAAAAGGUUCGUAAAGGACGCAAUCAAAAAAAUUAAACGAGCUAGACAAGGGAAUGUACAUGAGCUGUUCGUCAACAGACACUCCAGUGUAAGCUCGUGCAACCCCAGUGAGAACGUUACGUUUUCUUCACACCAGGAUCCCACGGGGGGAAGCAACGACCGGAGCAGCGUGGCCAGCAGCAAACGGCUCAGCAGGUUAAGCAGCGAAGGGGUGAGCAGACGAAGCAGCAGACGAAGCAGAAGACGAGUGAGCGCGGGCAACUUGGAAAUGAGCACCGCGCGAGGCAGCCCGAACAACACCGAGGGGGGCGACGUGCAGAACUUGGCGGACGACGAGCUGAAGGAAGAGGACCUGACGAACCAAGAAGAAGAAGACGUUUUGUUGGACGAGCAAAUGGACUCGAGCGACGAGUCGGAAGAAAAGGAGAAGGAAAUCAACCUUCUGGAUGACGAGGCCAACAUGCCCAUUGAGGAGCUGCUCAAAAGAAUUUACGGCUUUAAGAGCGGCGAGGAGUACCUGGAUUUGAUGCAAGACGGGGGGGGAACAGCUGAUGAAGAGGUGGAAGAGGCAGAUGAGGAGGACGCAGCGGAGGGGGGCACAGCAGAGGAGGGGGAACCAGGGGACGACGAAGGGGAUCACCACGAACGGGACCACCGCCAACCGGUCGAGUCGAAGGCGAACGAGAAGAAAAGAAAGUUCGAAGAAGUGGAGGAGGCAGCCCCGCCAGGCGAAGGCGACGUGAAGAAGAAGAGCGACUCGUGUGUCGAAGGAAGGAGGAAGAAGAGGAGAAGCCGAAGCAGAAGCAGUCACAGCCGCAGACGUCACAGCGGUAGGGACAACCAUACCGGCACCGAUAAGGAUAACGGAGGGGAGCAGAGCGACUCUUCCGUGUCCAGUACCUCCAACGACGACACGCUGAUGUGCAACAUGGACGAAAAGCACCUAACGAAAAUACCGCCAUUCAUAAAAGCGACGCUGAGGGAUUACCAACACGCAGGGCUACACUGGCUACUAUAUCUUUACAAAAAUAAUAUUAAUGGAAUUCUGGCGGACGAAAUGGGAUUAGGGAAAACAUUGCAAUGCAUUUCGCUUCUCAGUUACCUGGCCUACCACUUCAACAUAUGGGGGCCACAUCUCAUCAUUGUUCCGACGUCAAUCCUUAUAAACUGGGAGAUCGAAUUGAAGAGAUUUUCUCCAUGCUUCAAAAUACUCUCCUACUUUGGAAAUCAAAAUGAAAGAUACAGAAAAAGAAUCGGAUGGUUCAAUAAAGACUCGUUCCAUGUCUGCAUAUCGAGCUAUUCCACCAUCGUUAAGGAUCAUAUGAUUUUUAAGAGAAAGAGAUGGAAAUAUAUUAUCCUAGAUGAAGCUCAUAAUAUAAAGAAUUUUAACACAAAGAGAUGGAAUAUCAUCCUCAGCUUGAAAAGAGAAAACUGCCUUUUAGUGACUGGCACUCCUUUGCAGAACAGUUUGGAAGAGCUGUGGUCUCUUCUCCAUUUCCUCAUGCCGAACAUUUUUACCUCUCACUUGGAUUUCAAGGAAUGGUUUUCCGAUCCUUUGAACUUAGCCAUACAGAGGAGUAAAAUAAAUGACUCGAGAGAGCUCAUCGACCGAUUGCACACAGUCAUAAGGCCCUACAUUCUGAGGAGGUUAAAAAAAAACGUGGAAAAGGAGAUGCCUAAUAAAUAUGAACAUAUUAUUAAGUGCAAGUUAACCAGGAGACAACAAGUUUUGUAUGAUGAGUUCAUUCAGAACAAGCAGGUUCAGAAUACACUCAGCAGUGGAAACUAUAUUGGCUUGAUGAAUAUACUCAUUCAGCUCCGAAAAGUCUGCAAUCAUUGUGAUCUCUUCACGAAUAAACAUAUUCAGACCCCAUAUUAUUAUCUUCUACCUAUCACUUUUUACAUUCCUCGUUUUUGUAUCCUCUUUGAGAAGACCUACCACCUUGACUUUCACCUUAUUUUGUUUCUUCACAAGGAGUUCACUUCGCUGGGCGGCGUGCCUCCACACCGUGAAGCGGCGGGGAAGCGUAUAUCUAAGGAUCAUAGUGAUAGGAAGAGGGACAACCUUAUAACUGUCCUUCCAACAGACCCAUUGGGCUCUUUCUCCCAUGUCUUAGCGGCACCCUCGGAGGGAAACCCCCCUUUUGGGGUCAUUCCCCCUUCGGAACAGUCAACUUGGGGGCUCUCCACUUUUCAGUCCAUGCAGAGGAUAAUACCCCAGGAGGGACCAAACAAGGGGUACACCACAAGUAGUUCCACCGAUAACAGGAUUGAUAUCAUCCCGUUUCAGGCGUUACCAAACGGGGGGAAAACGACACUGCUGCCGCCUCCCCAUAGGGACAACACUGUCGACGAAUCGCAAAUGAGACAUCCCCUGGCAAAUCCCCAUGAAGAGACAACAACUGGACCGUAUAGCCCCCCUCAGGUUAUCUGCCCAUUUCAACGGAGCAGCUCUUCCACCGGGACUGUCAUUACCUCUGGGAAGAAGAGGGCACGUGCCCCAAGUGGUGAAAUCACUAUGAAGGUGAACUAUCCCCCUAACGGAAUGAACACCGGAGUUACUUCCCCUGACAAGAUAGAAAAUCUCUUCCCUGUUCACUUGCGCCCCGAUGGAGGAGGUGCCCCCACAAUAAACAUCGAAGAUGUAAACACGUACGUUAAUAAUCAGAUCAACCGGAGAAGUGUUCCCAGAAAUCUGCUCACCUACUCCGAUGAGUUCCUCUGCGAAAUGAAUAAUAAUUACGACAUUAUGAGCCUUUUUAUCGACCCUGGUAACAAGCACCGCUGUUACGAUGAGUACCUUUACCGAACGGUGAAGGACGUCUCUCCGUGUGGAGUGGCCACUGGGGGGCGAGACCACUUAAACAAGGCAACCUCCCAUAAACAUCCAACCAGCGAGGUGGCAACAAACCGCUGUCGAAACUUUCUAUACAAAUAUAACAUGAAGGUAAUCAACACCGACACGCAGUAUCGAAAUUUUUUCACCGAUGAGUCCGACCAGAGCUACGUUAACUCCCUAGAACACAAUUUGUGGAUUAAAAGGCAACGGAGAUUUGAAGAGAAAGACAGGAGGAGGGAGGAACAGCUCAAGGAGAGCUUCUUCAAUGAGUACAAUUUGUUGAAAAAUAAUAGGACCCCUCUGUUUGGGACCAAUCUGCUAAGCUUACUUCGGCGUGAAUUCUCCGGGGAUGGCUUCGUGCCUUAUCACUCGAGUAACAAUCUCCCUGUGGAGUUUUCGCCCAUGCGGGGGGUGCGCGCGAUGGCGGUCAAGGACGCCAGCGAAGCGGUGGAUUCAACAGCUGCUACCCACGCUGUGCACCUCUCCGGCGUAGCUGCCACCCACGCAUCCGGCUCGGCCGCCCUCGAGACGCUCUUCCCCACCAUGGAGCUCUUCCUGAAGAGCCAUCAGCGAGAAAUCCACAACUUCACCGUGCUGAAUACGCCAGCGGUGAUCUGCAGCAGUCACAGAAUCGCCGUCAACAACAAUCUGCUGCAGAAUUGUAGCCAUAUAGAACCCAUCCUGCACAGAAUCAAAGUAGCCACAAGGGUGUACCACGAACCCUUCCACAAGCAGUCCAUCAUUUUUCCUUUAAAUAAAGACAUCACCUUGGGCAGUGGGAAAUUGUUUGCUCUGGAGAAGUUACUGAACAAAUGCAAAAGGGAAGGAAACAAAUGCUUACUCUUCACUCAGUUUAUUAAAAUGCUAGACAUUCUAGAGAUCUUCCUGAACCACCUCAACUAUACCUUCAUCAGACUUGACGGAUCAACCAAAGUAGAACAGAGACAAAAAAUCGUCACAAAAUUUAACAAUGAUAAGUCUAUUUUUUUAUUUAUCUCUUCCACACGUAGUGGCAGCAUAGGAAUAAACCUAACAGCAGCCAAUGUCGUCAUUUUUUACGACACGGAUUGGAACCCCUCCAUCGAUAAGCAGGCCAUGGAUAGAUGCCAUCGAAUCGGACAGACAAAAGAUGUACACGUCUUCAGGUUUGUCUCGGAGUAUACUGUAGAGGAGAACAUUUGGAAGAAGCAGCUUCAGAAGAGGAAGCUAGAUACCAUCUGCAUAAGCAUGGGAAAUUUUAGUAACUUGAAUAAUGAGUCCCUCCUCCAGGGUGGUAGGGGUAGGGCCUCGCUUAGCGGUGAGAAGAACAACCCUUCCAGUGAAAGGGAAGACAGCCAUCGGAAUGUCCCGCCAAGCAUUGCAGAUGUGCUGAACGGGGGGGGAAACACGAUGCAGAACAAAGACUCCCAAACCAAGGACUGGUUUGCUAACGCGGAUACGAUUAAAGAGAUAUUUGUUAACAAAAGGAACAACGAUGAGGAUGAGGAUAUUUACAAAGACCGACUUCUGCAUGAACACAUGGACGAAUCGGAGAAGACCAACGUACGAUUUGAGAAGACUCUGGAGCACGUAGAGGAUAAAGACGACAUCAACGCUUUGCAUGAAAAUAAGAAGGAGACACUAAACGCCAUUUCACAGGACCUGCAAGAAUUCACCAACAGAAAUGACUUCCAGGAUACGUACACUCUCACCUCCUACUGCUUUAACUUUCUUAAUGAUAAUCUGACGGAUAGCUUGAAGCAGCAGAUCGACGAAAUGAAAAUGAAGAUCGAAAUUGAGAUGAUGAAUGUAGGUGAGGAGGAGGACGACGACGAAGAUGGGGAAGAUGACGAGGAGGACGAGGAUAACCGAGAUGACGAAGAUAACCAAGACAACCAUCGCGAUGAUGACGACGACCCCACCCUAGACGAGGCGUCCCCUUCGUCGUCUACAGAAACGGAUGGUUUGCACGGGGAGUGA